GCAGGAAACGCCAUUGAACGGAGCAGAAGCCGGAAGCGGGUGGACUCCCGUCCACCGGCCGCGGCAAUACAGCCCGGGUUUUGCGGGAAACUGUGAUCGAUCGCAGUGCCAGUGAUGAGGCGGCGGCGGUUCCUGCUCGUCCCCUUGUUGCUGUUAUGCGGUUCCCUGCUGGCCUCUCCGCAACCCCAGGACAAGAGCAACAAUGUAGGGAAUGAGCCCGACCCGAAAUCAGUAGGGAAGAAUGGAGCCCUGGAACCAGCAGGGAAGGAGGGAGGCCCGGAACCAGGGAAGAAGGGGAGCCCGAAGCCAACAGAGGAGGAUGGAACCCCGGAACCAGUAGGGAAGAAUGGGGGCCCGGAACCAGUAGGGAAGGAGGGGAGCCUGGAGCCAACAGAGGAGGAUGGAGCCCCGGAAGCAGUAGGGAAGAGUGGAGCCCCUGAACCAGUAGGGAAGAGUGGAGCCCCUGAACCAGUAGGGAAGGAGGGCGGCCCGGAACCAGUAGGGAAGAAUGGGGGCCCGGAACCAGUAGGGAAGGAGGGGGUCCCAGAACCAGUAGGGAAGGAGGGGGUCCCAGAACCAGUAGGGAAGAAUGGGGGCCCGGAACCAGUAGGGAAGGAGGGGAGCCCGGAGCCAACAGAGGAGGAUGGAGCCCCAGAACCAGUAGGGAAGAAUGGGGGCCCGGAACCAGUAGGGAAGGAGGGGGGCCCGGAACCAGUAGGGAAGGAGGGGAGCCCGGAGCCAACAGAGGAGGAUAGAGCCCCAGAACCAGUAGGGAAGGAGGGGGGCCCGGAACCAGUAGGGAAGGAGGGGAGCCCAGAGGUGGUGGCAGAGGGAGCUGAGGACAAAGAGGUGGACAAGACCCCGGGUGCCGUCGAGCUCGGCCCUGGCAACCUGGGGCCGAAGGCUGACGUUGUUUUGGUGCCCCAGGACGAGCCUGAGAGCAGCCACUUCUUCGCCUACCUGGUCACUACCGCCGUCAUCGUGGCCAUCCUGUAUGUCACCUACCACAAUAAACGCAAGAUUAUCGCUGUUGUUAUUGAGGGUCGCCGUUCUAAAGCGGCUCGGCGUCCAAAAACCACCGAGUACCAACAGCUGAACCAGAAGAUUUAAAGUGGAUCAGUGUGGAACGACCGCGACUCCCCCUCGAGAGACAGGAAACCUUCAGCCCGUUGGACUCUGCGGCGCCUUGCUCCGAGCAACAGCUGGACUGCCUCACCUCAGGGAAAUUCGGGGAGGGGUGUGGGAGGCAGUGGGGCUGACACAGUAGGUGGGAUAAUUGGGAGGGUGGGGGUUGAUGAUGGUGGUUCAUCCCUGCUGGACCCGGUGGGGGUGGCGGGUGUGCUGAGCCGCUGGGGAAGGACCGGCCGGGUUGUUAGGCCCUUUCCCCAAAGCAGCCAUGAGGACAGUAAUCUGCUACUGGCCCCUGGUUACGAGCCCGGCUUCACCCCCACCCCCCACCCCAUUACACUUGCACGCUUUCUUUUGCACUUACGGCUAGAAAUGGCGACGAUCUGCGGCAGGGCAUCACGCCUCUGUCCUGGGAAGGUUGGUGAGCCCUAUCCCGUGAAACGGGUGCCACCGGCCUCCUGUGAAGUUGAAUGUUUCUAAUGAGAAUUAAAUGAAACCUGUGGCCUC